CAGGGUUCGAACCUGUGACAUAUUGUUUGAAAGUCGAGUACCUAGGCUGAUAAGCCAGUUUCAUCUACCGCUGGUACAUGCUGUUCUGAUGACUACCUGACUUCUCCUUCAAUUCCCCACUAAAUUGUUAUCGACUUGUACUGCGAUAACAGCCGUUUGCAGUUCAGCUGCUGUCCGUCGGAUCUUCUGGGACAUUCAUUCCAGCCAGUGUAGCUCAUUAGGUCAUCGCAGUCUACUAACCUGACCGCCACGUCAAGAGGGCAGUUGUCAGUCGUGUCACUACAUGGUAUCUGGUGAAUUAUUUUGUCUAGGUGGUUAACGAAACCUCAUACCAGGCAAUUCUGUCGACACUCAGAUUCUCAUCUUUAUAAGCCACCAUUUUCAACUUAGAACUUUUCAUAAAAGUGCAGCAGUUAAAGUUAGCACACUUCAUUGAGUACACAAAGUUAGAAAAAAAUGUCAGGAAAAUGUAUGGGAGGAAGAAAUAUGAUGCAAAUAUACUGAGUUUAUAGAGAAUGAAUUCAUCUGUUUGAUUGAGGAUGAUUUUGAGCUAUGUCACCAGUCUCCAACCGUUAAUUCUGGCGUUCUUAACAUCACUCAGGUUGUCUAUGCCAUUCUGCGUAGCCUACACUAACGGUCAAAGACUUCAUGGACUGAUUCCAACUCUUAAUAUGACCACCCUUAACUCUUUUCCAAGCUUAUCUUAUUUCACAUAACAUUGUUCGACGGGAAAGAGGAUGGUUUAGCAUGCACAACACGCGCCCGAGCUACCUUAGCUAACAUAGUUUUAUAACAUCAAUGGUUGAUAUUCGCUCCUAAGCCUAUGCUUAAUAUUGCUCACCAUAUUACACCACAGUAUACAGGAUAUGAAACUCAGACACUUAUAGUCAAAGACAAGUAGUCUCUUCACAUCUUCGCUUUCACCGACCAUGUCCCAGACAUAAGGGCUAACUGCUGCUCAGUAAUAACAUCCUUUGAUCUUUGAUCGAUAGCUGGAUAACAGGUCUAUGCCAUAGGUAGCUAAUGAUGUAUCAGACUUUUAUAUCCGAUAAGAGAUCUUGUCAACAAUCAGUCCAUUAGGGCUGAUGCAGCUUCCCAAACAAGUGAAGUAGUUAACACGCUCAACUACUUAACUCCCUAUCCGUAAACUGUGAUUCGGUUCAGAGUAAUCCUGCAGCAUCAUCUUACAUUUGCCAGGGGCGAAUUGCAUGGCAAACAAAGAUUUCUGAUCAAGGUAUUAGGAAGACUCUGGAAUCUAUGGUCUUCAUCUAUAAAGACUAUCAUCUGCAGUCAGAUAACAAAUCAUUCCCUAAUUCUCCGUUCAUCGUUCGUUAAUAUAUAUGUGAUGAAAAUUUAAAAAAUGGAGUCAGCAGGUAUCGUUGACAGACACAAAUGCCUCUCAUCACUUCACACUGUAAUCACAGUUUUGCUAUCGUGAUAGUCCAAACCUAAUUAUUAUAAAUGUCUUAUGGUUUAAGGAAGUGGUAAAGAACAACAAAUCAUCAGUGUUUGCUGUAUUUCGGAAAGCGCUAUAAAACUCACAUAUUCGUAUUUCUUUGAAACUCCAGGUAGAUGCAUCUUUUAGUUUGUAUUGCUUACCCUUUUAAUGGGGUUCUUUUUCUGUUUUUCCUAGUUGGUUAUAACACUGUCUACUGGCUUCGUUUACCUGUGUUGUAUAUGACAUGAUGGAACAACCACUUAUCUAUGUGGCUAUGGACAAUGCGAAAGUUAUAAUCAAUUUAUUAAAAGCAGUUCAUUUCCGUGAUGUAUGUUUGAGUAGUUAAACUACUUUUACCGCCUAGCUUGCUACUAUGUUUGCAACAAAUAAUGGUAUCAAAGUGACUGUUGAAGACUCAAAGUGUAUUCAAGGAAACGCAUUUCUCCAUUCAGCACUUUUUCGGGAGUAUUCCGUGAGAAAGGAUAUCGUAUCGUUUAGAACAAACCUUGGUAUACUGAUUGACUGUUUAUCUAUCUUUGGAACGUCGGUACAAGGAUCCCCUGUGUCACUCAUUAUGUCAUAUAAAAUACAUGGCAGCACAGUGGACUUGUUGUUAGAAGAAAAUGCGGUUGUAGCAGAAUGCAGUAUCAAGACUAUGGAGGCGUUUGAGAUACUUGACUUUGAUUUCUCUAGCAGUAAUAUUGCAGAUAAAUUCAUAAUGAAGUCAGACUGUAUGCGUGAAGCAUUCAACGAAUUAGAUACUUCAAGUGAGAUUUUGGAGGUUGCUAUAAUACCACCUCCAGCAAUUCAACCCCGUCUUCGCUUAACAACCUACGGUUUUGCUGGGACUAUGCAUUUCGAUUUGCCUAGGUCGUCUGAUCAAGUAGAGGUGUUUGAAUCUAGCACUGCAAGUCCUAGGAUAGCUCGCUUUCGUCUGUCACUGUUACGACCUGCAACAAAUCGAGCUUUGUCAAUGGCCAGUCGUAUUUCUCUGCGUAUCAAUGAUCGCGGUUUUCUGUCCAUUCAAUAUAUGAUAAACGUUUCAGACAAUGAGGUUGCUUUUGUGGAGUUUUUCUGUGUUCCAGAUGUGGAUGAGACUGAAGAUCAAUCAGAAUCUCAAACAAGCAUGAAUACUGAACAAUAUGAAGCUACAAAAUCUAAUAGAACGGCUCAGAUUCCAUCGACAUCGAGGUGUCCAGUUAAUACUUUGGAUCCUGACUGGACUUGAUUCCACACUGUAUUUUCGGUACAAGUAUGGCAUUUUCAGCAUGGAUAUCGGUAGC